UCGUUUUUUUCCUCUUUCAAUUUCUUUUUUCAGCUUUGAGAUCAAAACCGCCAUUAACGAGCUCCGAUUUUUCUCCGUUUUCAUCGUAUUCGUAAUAACCUAAUGGAGAUUUCUGGAAACGUCUUCGCUUAAAGCUCCAAUGGCGGAUUCUCCCAUAGAGAGGGAGCAAUCGCCUCCUGCGGAUACGCCGUUGCUCGUUUCAAGUCAACCUCCGUUGGAUCAAUUACGGCGGAGCAACGGCGGCGGAGGAGGAGAGAGCGUUGACGCCAACGAUGAUGACCUCGACCGGACGAUGCAGAGGCUCGAGACGUUUCUGACGUUCCUGGGGUUCAAUCAAUCGUCGGCUCUCAGCUUCGUCUUGUCGUGGAUGGCUUUCUUCGCCAUCGGCGUUGCGCUUCCGGUGACGGUGUUGGAGCUCAGCCAUUGCCGGGGAUGUGAGAAGUACCAGUACAAAAAUUUCGAGCUCGACAUCGUGGUUUCACAGGCGUGUUUGGCCGGUGUUUCUCUGAUUUGCGUUUCGCAUAAUUUGAGGAAGCAUGGGAUGAGGAAGUUUCUAUUUGUGGAUCAACUCAGUGGACGAAUGGGACGGCUCAAAGAUAGAUACAUCAAACAGAUUACGGCUUCUGUGAGACUGCUUGCAGUUUGGUCAUUCCCCUGUUUCGCUUUGAAAGCUGCCCGAGAGAUUAUCCGGAUUUUAUAUGUAACUCAUGACUCAUGGUGGCUAUCUGUUGCUAUUCUCUUGUCUUUAAUCUUGUCUUGGACUUAUUUGAGCACCAUCUUUCUUGCCGCCAGUGCCAUGUUUCAUCUAGUUUGCAAUCUUCAAGUAAUUCACUUUGAAGAUUAUGCAAAACUCCUCGAAGGGGAAUCUGACAUUUCCCUUUUUAUCUAUGAGCACAUCCGCCUUCGGCAUUAUCUCUCCAAAAUAAGCCAUAGAUUCCGGAUUUUUCUCCUCCUGCAGUUUUUGGUUGUCACUGCCAGCCAAUUCAUUACUCUCUUCCAGACAACCGUAUACAGUGGGCGUAUCACAUACAUAAAUGGCGGUGAUUUCGCUGUCUCCUCAGUUGUCCAAGUUGUGGGUAUAAUCCUGUGUUUGCAUGCGGCCACGAAAAUUUCUCAUAGAGCCCAAGCAAUUGCAUCAGUUGCAAGUAGAUGGCACGCAGUAAUGUCUUGUACUUCGUCAGAUUCUUCUACUCCGAUGAGGGCUUCCCCGAGUGGGGGAAGUUUGGAUUUCACAAAUCAACUGAAUGCACUACCAAUACCAAUAGACUAUUCCGAAAGUGAUCUGGAGUCCUUAGAUUAUGUGAGGAUGCCUACUAAUAAUAAUCCCCAUUUUGCUUCUUACAUGUCCUCAUAUCACAAAAGACAAGCUUUUGUAAUGUAUUUACAGACAAAUCCUGGUGGCAUAACAAUAUUCGGGUGGACAGUAGACAGGCAUCUCAUAAACACGAUUUUCUUCAUUGAACUCUCGCUAGUUACCUUUGUGCUCGGCAAGACUGUAGUUUUUGGCGUUGAAUGAAGAGAAGAUGCCGAAAAACAAGGACACAAAUGAAUCAUCAGCGAAAUCCGAUCACUUUGCCCUCGAGGAUCUUGUUGUUUUAUCAUAGAAGCUUAUAUCCUUCACCACCUCAUCUUCAGGGACAAUGGUAACAUCCAUGAUGAGUAGGGGGAGAGAGACUGAGGAAAGAGACGAGCUUCAUCGUCGUGUUAGAGAUCCUGAUUCCAUUUCCUUUCGUAACAAUUUAAUUCAAACAAGAAUUUAUACAUAGGAUGAGGCCAUCAUUGUAUUAUGUGUACAGUUUCGAAGAAUACACUAAUCGUCAGAAGCUCCGGACAACGGAUGAGGCCAUCAUACUCUUAAGGUCA